AUCAUUGAUAUCAAGACGAGGAGAAAUGCAAUUUCGGAGAUUUUUUUGACAAAAUGGUAAUGCAGGCAUAAAUGACUGGAAGAUGUUUAAAGCAGCCGGUACACCAGAAAUAUUACGAUCCCACCAGAAAGACGAUUAUUAUUUAACCUAUCUGAGAACGUCUAUUGCUGAGACAUUUCAAUUGCUUGCAGGUGCCAGAAAAUGGAUUAAAUGGAGAAGAGAACUGGACGUAAUGUCAGACUUAGGCUACUUCCUGUUAACGACACUCUCGGGCAACCAGACAAUCGGUGAAGAAUAUGUUAAUAUAGUCCAGGUUGAUUCUACCAGACGGCACAUUCCAUCUCUACCGAGACGAGCGUUGAUGGCACUUCUCCACGUUGUCAGCCCUUACAUCCUCCAGAAAGUUUUAAAGAAUCUGGAAACAACGUUGCAGACGGCACCACAUCGGGCGGAGGAGACGGAAAAAAUGUUAAAAGCCCUCCGAGCACUCCAGCAGUGUUUGAUCUACCUUCAUCGGCUUCAUCUUGGGAUUUUCUAUCUCCGUGGUGUCUUCUAUCAUAUUGCCAAGCGUAUCACUGGUGUACAUUAUAUUAAAUAUAUGGGUAACAAAUCACCAUCAUCAGACGUGUCUUCGGUAACGUUUAAAUAUCUAGCCUGGCUAUCAUUAGGGCAGAUAACCUUUUCUGCCUUUAUUCAGCUUUACCAUUACUAUCAGUCUACUAUGGGAAGUUCCAUUUAUAAGACGCACGCUUUUGGAAGCACGACAGAAAAGAAAAGAAUGGGACUAAUUUAUAGAAAAUGUUCACUGUGUUUAGAAGGUAUUCAAUCUCCAACCCUUGCUCCAUGUGGUCAUCUUUUCUGUUGGAAUUGUAUACACACCUGGUGUCAGAAUAAGUCGGAAUGUCCGAUGUGUAGAGACAAAUUUCAACCCCAUAGACUGGUUUUCCUAAAGAAUUUAUAGCAGCAUCAUCACAAAGAGAUAUCGAAGGAAUUGAAAUAAAAUGGAGUAUGACGUAUAACUUUUUGCGGCACAUUGGGAUAAUUUAGUUGGAUACAAACAUUGAGACAUUGUGUGAUGAAGGGACUUUUUUGAUAUGAGUAGUGUACAAAAAGUUUAACAUUUUUUAGGUUUGCAAUUCAAGUUGAAGUGUUGAUGACAUUUGCAUAUCGGAAACCACACUGGAUUAAAUCCCCCAUAAAAAUUUUUUGUGUAAGAUCAAGUGCAAAAAUGAGUAUAUAAGUGCAAUUUUUUUAGUAAGUGCAUAAUUUUGAAUAAGAACAAAUUUGAAUAUUAAAUAUUGAUUAACAAG